AUGCCUCAAGCUCCCGACGAGAACAACUGCAUAUUCGAAACGCCAGCGCCGUCAACUGGCAAGCGAACUCAUGGAUCCGUCACUAAUCUUCGAUCCCAGAAGAGGAGACGAAUGUCGAUGUCCUCAGUUGAUCUGAGCAGAACACUAGACACAGACGUCAACGUCGGGACAAGUACCAGGCGGUUGGGAGGAGUCGCAGACCGCUUCGUGUCGAACCGUCCAAAGACCUUCCUGCCCCUCAACAUUACCCCCCGCACAACGCGGAUCAGCAAACAGUUUGGUUUAAUCGAUGACAAGGUCCUCAACUUCAAAGAUGACACGGAUCUUUUUCCAACGAUGUACAAGAAGGACACCACUUUGUCUCUGCUUCGAAAGAGCGCCUCCACCCUCUUCAACGUACCCCCUACCGCUCGACCCUGCUCUGUGACCGAGAACUUGAGCAAACGAAAGCACUGCGUCAUGGUGCUCGACAGUCCAGGCGUCUCGGCGGACGCUGACGCGUACCCUAUUACCUGGUCACAGAGGAACCUGAUCGCCGUCGCGUGCAAAAACGAAGUAUAUUACCAAAAUUUGAAUACCAAGACGGUCUCGCACCUCGGCACCACCGCCUUCCCUGGCACGCUGGGCGUGAUUCAAUGGGCUGGCGAGGAUCUGGAGAGCUACCUUGCGUCGGGGAACAACAAGGGCACAAUCGAGGUCUGGGAUGCUGGCUCUCAGGGUGGGGCAGGCCAGAUGUUGCACCGCUGGAGUUCAGCGAGUGAGAAGUCCAUCAAGAGCUUCAGCUGGGAUCAGAACGUGCUUGCCAUUGGCAAUGACGACGGCGAGCUAUCGCUCAUUGAUAUACGUGCUCCACUAAUCGACUCGGGGGUCAGGCCACACCGUUCUUCAAUCCUGAGUCUUCAGUGGAGUACUGAUGGAAGAUUUCUGGCAAGCGGCGACCCAGACGGUGUCGUCCAUAUUUGGGACCGGAGAAAUGGAAAGUCGUUGCUGGAGACAACCGACUCGAUCACAAAGAUGCGGCACAAAGCCAAUGCCCGCUCGCUUGCUUGGUGUCCGUGGAAGCCCGACCUGCUUGCCACCGGUACGAGUGCUCCAGAAGGAAAGAUCCGCAUCUGGAGCACCUCCUCUCUGGCACCUCACUCGCCUACACCCCUACACACUAUCUCUCUCGACACAUCUGUCCUCUCCUUACAAUGGUCACCUCACUGUAAAGAGCUGCUGAGUACGCAUGGUGUUUCCUGGAAGCCCCUUCCGUCACGACGGCACUCCUCUUCCUCCUCUCACUUAAUAGACCGUUUGCCAACGUUCAUCAAGACACCACUAACGAACAGUAUCACGGUGCACCAGUACCCUUCUUGCAAACGCCUCAUGACACUCAGCAAUGCGCAUUCCAGUGCCGUUACUCGGAGCUGUUUGAGCCCUGACGGUGAAAGCAUCUUUACCGUAUGCCCGCGCGAAGAAACCAUCAAGAUGUGGCAGGUCUGGAGCAAGCCCCCGCCCCCGCCGAAGAAGGAGAGCGCCUUCGACAAGUACAUUAUUCGAUGA